AUGCCUUAUAACGCAUUCCAAACCACCUUCUUGGGAACGGUGAUCCGUCUCAUAUCAAGAAACAGAUUCUUGAAAUAUCAUGAUGAGAUCAACGUACCACAGCAGUAUACCAAGGAAGCGGUUGCGAAAAAGCAAAAUGAUGAAAAACAGUCCUCUGGACGAGUUGGACGAUUUAAUACUGAAUCUUCCAGCACUGAAGCUACUAUAACAGAAUCUACCCCUAGAGGUUCCGAUUCGAAUGAUACCAUCGUCGGACACGAUACCGAAGCCCAACCUAACAAUGUGGCUGGAAAAGAGGGUGAAAAAGGAGACAGGGUGAAUAGAACAGCAGAUAAUUCAAAACAAGCUGAAGAAGGAAUAAAAGAUGAUCCCAAUCUAGUCACUUGGUAUGGAGAUGAUGAUCCUGAAAAUCCACACAAUUGGUCAACAGGUUACAAGUCUUUCGUGGCCAUCCAGAUGUCUUUCCUCACAUUUGCAGUAUAUAUUGGCUCUUCAAUUUAUUCCUCGGGUAUAGAAGGUGUCAUGGAACAGUUCACAGUUUCUCAAACAACCGGUUUGGUGGGAUUGACGACAUUCGUCCUAGGUUACGGAGUUGGUCCUAUGUUAUGGUCACCACUGAGUGAAUUCCCCAACAUUGGAAGAAUGCCAGUUUAUGUUGGAACUUUAUUCAUAUUCGUGGCGUUACAAUUCCCAACAAUAUAUGCCAACAACAUCCAUACGUUACUUGCAAUGCGGUUCUUUGCAGGUUUCUUCGGCAGCCCAGCCCUUGCAGUCGGUGGUUCGACCAUGGGAGAUAUGUUCCUUCCUAAACACUUGGCGUAUGCAAUCGGAGUAUGGGGCUGCGGAGCUGUAUGUGGACCCGUAAUUGGUCCACUCUUGGGAGGGUUUACUUACCAGGCCAAAGGCUGGACGUGGCCUAUAUGGACCCUCAUAUGGCUAUCUGGCGCUUGUUUAAUCAUGAUCAUCAUAUUCUUCCCCGAAACAUCAAGCAAGAAUAUCCUACAUCGACGGAUGUUGAGAUUAAGAAAGGCGACUGGGAAUAAUGACUUGAAGACACAAGCGAUGAUUGAUUCUGCCGACUCGUCACCAAGUAAAAUGGCAAUUGAUAUCCUUUGGAGACCAUUUGUCAUGUUCUUCGAUCCCAUUUUAUUGAUAUACAACACUUACCUGGCCCUGAUUUAUGGACUCCUUUAUAUCUGGUUUGAAAGUUUCCCUUUGGUGUACAUGCAGGUUCAUGGUUUCAACCCUGGUGAAUCAGGCCUAGCAUUCAUGGGAAUCUUCGUCGGAGCCUGGGCUGCAUGUGCGGUAUUCUGUUGGUAUAUUCACAUAUAUCUGGAACCAAUUUUCGACGCCAAUGAUGGAGUGAUUCCCAAACCUGAGAUUCGAUUGUAUCCUGCUCCCAUCGCAGCUUUCUGUAUCCCAAUUGCGAUGUUCGGAUUUGGUUGGUCAGGUCAAUAUGAAUCUGUCCAUUGGAUCGUACCUACUAUCUUCACUGCAUUCUUCGGAAUAGGAGCUUUCGUUUUAUUCCAAUGUAUUUUCGCCUACUUUGGUGAUGUAUUUUACCAAGAUAUCGGUUCAGUCCUUACACUGAAUGAUCUAUUCAGAGCGUCCUGGGGUGCAGCUUUCCCUUUAUUCGCCAAUGCCUUGUUCAAGCAUUUGGGCAUCGGAGGAGGCAAUAGUCUGUUAGGUGGUUUGGCAUGCCUUUUCAUUCCCGCGCCAUUCUUGUUCAUCAAGUAUGGUCAUAAGAUCAGGGCGAGAAGUAAGUUCGCUUCUAACAAGAAUUGA